CACAGCUCCUGCAUGCCCUCUCUAGCCUCUCUCUCUAGCUUCUUCCAUCUGAGCUGAGCUGAAGAGCGAUCAGUACUACUCUCUUAAUCACAUCUCUGAUAGGAUGAGGAGCUCCAGCUGCUUGUCACUGUGCGCGGCUGUGAUCCUGCUUCUGGUACUGGCUUCGGCCAUGGAGGCUGGAGCCAUCCGGCUGGACGCGGGGACCCGGGCGUCGGUGAACGGCAGCGGCAACCAAAUGACCGUCGAUAAACCGGCGAGCGGGAACAAUGUCGUCGAUGUGGUCAUGGGCUCUGCUGGCUCCGUAAGCGAGGCGAAGAAGAACGUACACGUUGCCGCGAGUGAAGUCAGGGCGGUGGCCCAUAAGAUGCCGGAGUUCCAUGAGGACUACUACGGCCCGAGUGAUCACAGCCCUAGGCACCACUGAUGGAGCAAAUUCUUCUUGGUUUGCUUUGUUUGUGUUUCCUCUCUCGAUGGAUGAACUCUUGUAGAACAGAGUAUUUAUAGCUAGGGUAGACGGCGACGGCUGUAGGCUAUUCAUGUAAGCUCAAGCAGUGGGCACAUGUGGCAAUAGAUAGAUAGCGUUGAUGUGCUGACAUUCUUGGCAAUACGAAGUUUGAAUU